GCCAUCCAACAAUCCUCUCAUGUCUUCUUCAGGUAUCUCUUUUGAAUCACCAUCCAACUCACCACCACCACCAUCCACCGUGACCGGAAGUGUACCAAAAUUCAAGUCAAGGUCUCCAUCUUCACUUCCCUUUUCCUCACCAGUGUUCUCAUCUUCUUCCUAUUCUCCUUUCUCCGGCGCCCUUACUGCCGCUGACCUCCUUGACUCCCCUGUUCUUAUUUCUUCUUCUCAUAUUUUACCAUCUCCAACUACCGGUUCUUUCUCACUACCUGCCUUUAAUUGGACAGCCAACUAUCAAAAUAAAGAACAUGGUAUCAAGAAAGAAUACAACAAUUACACAGAUUUCCAAUUUCAACCGCAAUCAAGCCCACCAACAGAAAUGUAUCAGCAACCAAGAAUUGAAAGAAAAGAAAGCUUGGUGAAAACAGAGUACUCUGUUCUGAAACAGAGUGCCCAAGGUGAUUAUAGCAACUAUAGUGAUCAAUCUACACAAAAAAAGUUAAAUGAUGGAUAUAGUUGGAGAAAAUAUGGGCAAAAAGUAGUGAAAGCUAGUGAAAAUCCAAGAAGUUAUUACAAGUGUACGUAUCGAGAUUGUUUAAUGAGAAAGAAGGUUGAGAUAUCUUUAGAUGGGGAUGUUACGAAGAUUGUUUAUAAGGGAAACCAUAAUCACCCGAAACCACAUUAUGCUAAACGAUCAUCUUAUUCAUUGGGUGCGAGUAGUUCACUUUUAGUUAAUCAAUCUAAUGAUUUCCAAAAUCAAACUAAUGGUUCGGGCCAAAGGGGUCUCCUUGGAAUCCACGAUUAUUCAUCAAUUUCGGUAGGAGAUGAGGAGUUUGAAGAAGAUGAAGCUCAUGCUAAAAGAUUAAAGAUGGAAAGUGAAAGUGAAGGAAUAUCGAUAGAAGGAAGUAGGACAGUAAAAGAGCCAAGGGUUGUGGUUCAAACCAUUAGUGACAUUGAUAUACUUGAUGAUGGAUAUAGAUGGAGAAAAUAUGGUCAAAAAGCGGUUAAAGGGAAUCCAAAUCCAAGGAGCUAUUACAAGUGUACCACUACCAGUUGUUUUGUAAGAAAGCAGGUGGAACGAGCUUCUCAUGACUUGAGGUCAGUAAUAACGACCUACGAAGGGAGGCACAACCAUGACGUGCCAAUGGCUCGUGGUGCUGGUCAUCGACCAAUGCUUACAAUGGACCCAAGCAACAGUAUGGCUACCGUAAACUUUAGUCAGUCAGAAUUAUUCUACAAAAAUCCUAGCAACUCGAUGAUAAACUUGCCUGAUCCUGAAUACAGAUUAUCCACAUACUCACAAAAACAAUUUACAAUAGAAAUGCAACAAAAGCCCGACGGUUUUGGGUUAUCAGGAUUUGAGAAAUCCAUACGAUCUGCUCACCUAUUUCAACAACCUAAUUCAGAGGACAUUUUCAACGGAGCUAAAGACGAACCAGCAGAUGACAACUUUUUGGAUUCCUUGCUAUACUGAAAUUGUUUGAUGUCCAAGAACUUAAAUUGUUGAUGUAUGUACAUACACGGACUUCAUAGAAAAUAUAAGUCAUUAUGUAGGAUCUUAUUGAUGUUGAUAGCCAUUAUUUUAUUUUAUUUUACUUUUAAAGCAGGAAUAUUUGCCAUUUUUUUGUUUGUUGUAAACCCUGAUAUCAUGUAUUUCCUUAGAUCAUGAAUUCAUGAUACAAAAUUAGUUAAA